AUGAGUCUAAAAAGGCCAUCGGAGCUCUAUAAACACCUAAGAGUUUCCAAGAGAUAUAUCCUGGGGAAAUCCCAUGAUGACAUAGUGACAUCGCUCCCAAAAGAUGAAGAUGCCCCCGAGCUAGAGUCACGACUUCAAUUCCAUAAGCAAUUUAUGAUAGGAGCGCAAAGUAACAGAGCGGGGUUAGGAUCAAAUAGGAAAGUCCAAGAUGCGGAUAUAUUGAAGUCUUUUAUUCGGCAAGACGAGAAUGAUAAAUAUAAGAUCCAUGCAAUGAAUUUAGAAAUGCAGAACGAGUGGUUAGACAUAGGAGAUUUUUGCAUCCCAUUAGCAUUAAAAUGGCGCACUUUAAUUUAUGAUUGGUCGCCAGCAUUGCUAAAAUUCUAUCUCAAUGCGUUCCAGAUGACUCUCCCAGAUCAGAGUAAUUUAGUAAGAUGGGGUAAAAGUACCGAAAAAACUUGCUAUAUCUGUGGAAAGGCAGUUGGAACUGCUAAGCAUCUGCUGGUGGGAUGUAAGGUACUCCUGGACAGCGGUCAAUACUCGCGUCGUCACGAUAGGGUUCUAGAAGUCAUACGUGAAGCGGUUAGUCUUUCGGUAGCCAGAGCGCAAAAGGGAAUAACCACAAACGAACGAUCAGUAGGUUUUGUGAGAGAAGGCUCUAGGGCUACAAAAUCAAACGUCAAGCCUUACUCCAUCCUUAAAGCGGCGUCGGAUUGGACUAUAAUGAUGGACACGUAUGAAAAACAAUAUAAAAUCCCCGAGGAUAUUUGUGCGUCGGCCUCCAGACCGGAUAUAUUUUUGUUUUCGCGAAUUUUAAAGCGCGUAGUGAUGAUGGAGCUUACGGUCCCUUGGGAAACCAACAUCCCCAAAGACCAUACCAUCAAGGUCAACAAAUAUUACGAGCUCACAAACGAACUCACUCGAAAUAGGUUCGUAGUAGAUUUGUACGCGGUAGAGGUGGGAGCGAGAGGUAUAACAGCGAAAUCUCUCUAUAACCUACUAAAGGACUUGGGCUUGUCCAGAACUCACAUUAAUGCAUUCUUGGAACGUACAUCGAAGGCAGCCCUAGUAGGUUCUUUUCAAAUUUGGUUAGGUAGGGAGAGGAGCUUGGACAGUGGAGGUGAGCGUAUAACGCGCGUUAAUUAA